UCGUCGCGCACACAUGACAUAAGCAGCCCGCGCCUGCAGAGGUGGGGGCGCUAGAGCCGCGGAGAAACACGUUGCUCGCCUGCUUCAGCUCUCAAGCAUUAUGGCGGCCCCCGUCCAGCAGCCUCUUCAGCCUGGUGGCGGGAAGCGCAAGGGCAAGGCUCAGUACCUGCAGGCCAAGCGGGCUCGGCGCUGCGAAGGUGGCGGGCCCCGGCAGUUGGAGCCGGGGCUACAGGGCAUUCUCAUCACCUGCAACAUGAAUGAGCGCAAGUGUGUGGAGGAGGCCUACAGUCUGCUCAACGAAUACGGCGACGACAUGUACGGGCCAGAAAAGUUUUCAGACAAGGAUCAGCAACCCUCAGGGAGUGAGGGAGAAGACAAUGAUGAUGUGGAGGCUGCCUUGAAGAAAGAAGUUGGUGACAUUAAGGCAUCCACAGAGAUGAGGUUAAGAAGAUUCCAGUCAGUGGAGAGUGGAGCAAAUAAUGUCGUCUUCAUCAGGACUCUUGGCAUAGAACCUGAGAAAUUAGUGCAUCAUAUUCUCCAAGAUAUGUACAAAACCAAGAAGAAGAAGACUCGAGUUAUUCUACGAAUGUUACCCAUCUCAGGCACAUGCAAGGCUUUCUUAGAAGAUAUGAAAAAAUACGCAGAAACAUUUUUGGAACCUUGGUUUAAAGCUCCAAACAAAGGAACAUUUCAGAUUGUAUACAAAUCUCGGAAUAAUAGUCAUAUGAAUAGAGAAGAAGUUAUCAAAGAAUUGGCAGGAAUAGUAGGCAGCCUUAAUUCGGAAAAUAAAGUGGAUCUUACCAAUCCACAGUACACCGUGGUAGUAGAAAUCAUUAAAGCUGUCUGCUGUCUGAGUGUUGUGAAGGAUUACACGUUGCUCAGAAAAUACAAUCUCCAGGAAGUGGUGAAGAGUGCCAAGGACUCAUCACAGCUUAACCCGAAGCAGGCAGCGCGAGCAGGAAAUGGGAAAGAAGCUAAAUUGGAACCCGGUGACAAGUCGAAUCAAAAUGACCCAGCAGAAGGAAAAAAUAACCAACAGGUGGUGCCAGAGAAGAGUGAGGAGCUGGAUCACACAGAACCAACAUCUGAGACACAGGUGGUGAGUGAGGGGGAAGCUAAACCUGAACUUGCACGUCAAGUCACAGAAGGAUCUGAGUUAAGUAACAAUGACCUCUCCUAAGGGAAAAAAAUCAUUUGGUGUUGGAGAGAAGUGUUGAUAUAAGAAACCUGGAGAUGAACCGAAGAAAGUUGUGAAUAAUGCUACAAAAAUAGUUAAAGAUCCAUUUAUGUAAGAGUGUUACAAAACAGCAACAAGCAACAACAGGAGCUCCCAUCGUGGCUCAGUGGUUAACAGAAUCUGACUAGGAACCAUGAGGCUGCAGAUUUGAUCCCUGACCUCACUCAUCAGGUUAAGGAUCCAGCGUUGCCAUGAGUUGAGGUGUAGGUCGCAGACUCAACUCGGAUCCCACAUUGCUGUACACCUAGCCUGGGAACCUCCAUAUGCCACAGGUGCAGCCCUAGAAAAGACCAAAAAAAAAAAACCCAACAACAACAAAAGCUGAACAAAGAGCACAUAUAUCUCCU